CACACCUCCACCAGCACCGUGUCAACUUCUUUAGCACCCCAGAGGGCUAUCAAUAAAAAUUGUGUGAUCCACUCUGGUGAAGCUUCGUGGAGCUGGAGCGAACUUCAGUGUGGACUCUCUCCUCUCUCUGAUUGGCUGCCGCCUGUUGCCUGUCGGAUACAAAAGCGCAGCGGAGAGGCGGGGAGGGAGAGAGAGAAGGAGCAUCACACAGCUCAUUGCACCAGGGACUUCACACAACAAAAAGUGGAACCACACCGCCAUGACAGGGAAGGAGGGAGUUGUGCUUUCAGACACCGAGAAUAAGCAGAAAUCAGCCCCACAGACCUGCGUGAACCACGGGGGACCCCCGCAGCAGCAGCAGCAGCCCCAGCAGCAGCAGCAGCAGCAGCAGGCUCCGGUCUGGAAGAUGGCCCCCACGGUGCACCGGCGCACCGGGUUCGGCAUCCAGGAGCUGCUCGGCCUGAACAAGGAGCCGCCGGCGGUGCCGAGGCGGCCGCUGGAGGCUCUGCCGCACAGGGCGCACGUCCUGGCAGCCAGGUCGGCCCUCGGACACCACGGGGGCCUCGGGGUCGGGAUGGGCUUGUUGGGACCAGAGGGAAUACACCCGUUUUACAGCCAGCCUGCGUUUCUGGAGGUGCUGUCAGAGGCGCAGAAUGUGCACCUGCAGCCGCUGCACCGAGCGGCGCACAUGGACACACAGGACGCGCAACACUCCGCCAGCUCCGAUUCUGAUGAUAUGAGUCUUUCCUCCGGCGAUCAAAAAUUCUCCAAAUCCUCCCUGAGCCAGAGCAAGAAGAGGAAGAAGAGACGACACAGAACCAUUUUCACGUCCUAUCAGCUGGAGGAGCUGGAGAAGGCUUUCAACGAGGCUCACUAUCCGGACGUGUACGCCCGAGAAAUGCUCUCCAUGAAGACCGAGCUGCCUGAGGACAGAAUACAGGUGUGGUUCCAGAACCGCAGGGCCAAGUGGAGGAAGAGGGAGAAGUGUUGGGGUCGCAGCAGCGUCAUGGCAGAGUACGGCCUGUACGGAGCCAUGGUCCGCCACUCCAUCCCGCUGCCGGAGUCCAUCCUCAAGUCAGCCAAGGAGGGCGUCACGGAGUCCUACGCCCCGUGGUUACUAGGUAUGCACAAGAAGUCCAUCGACACCUCUCCUGGAAAGCCCGGCAGCCUGACGCCACCACCGCCACCUCCACCACUGCCACCACCAGCAAUAAAGGAGAAAAAGGAGGACAAAAUGAUGGAGGAGGAGAAGGAGAAACACCUGAAAGACUUUAACACGCCGAUUACUAAAGAGGAACUGAGGGAGAACAGUAUCGCGGCGCUGCGGGCGAAGGCGCAGGAGCACAGCGCCAAGAUGCUCGGGACGGUUCCCGACAGAACAAACUCAACGCACAAAGAGGAAGCAGAGGACAAGGCGACGGAGCGGGAAACGGCAGAGAUGGCAGAGUGUGACUGAAUAAAAAAGGCUGCGGGGUACAGACUGAUGAUGAAACACCUGCAGGGUGGAGUUUGCACAACAUUUCACAGUUGCAGAGGUCUCGUUUGAUUGGUUGCGUGGAGUGUCUGGUGCAUGUGGAGUCACAGCUUAACGUCACGCUGAACCGGAAGAACCAGUUUUCUUUCUUUGCUCCCCUGUCAGGUGAAAUUAAGUUACUCGGCUCGAGCUUAUAAAAAGGUCCCAUAUUAUUCUCAGUUUCAGAUUCAUGCUUUUAUUUUGGGUGCUCACAUGCUUUAAUGUUCAAAAAACACAUUAUUCUUCUCACACUGACCACAGCUGUCGCACCUCUAUUCACCCUCUGUCUGAGCGCUCUUGUCUCUUUAAGGCCGCCCUCUCCAAAAAGCCCAGUCUGCUCUGAUUGCUCAGCUCUCACAGGCCUGAGCAGGCCCCGCCCCAAUGUGCCUUGCAGGGGGCGUGGCUUAUGGCGGUGACUGUAUAGCUGUGACAUUACAACCAUACAAAAUUCCUGACAGCCUGUUUUAAGGCACAUUUUCUGAACAUUGGCUGCGGUUUGACUGAUUUGAUACUUUCAGCACCUGGACCUGCUUUGUAAUUAAAUCAAUAUUUACAUUAAAUCUCAUUUUCUAACAACAUGGGACCUUUAACUCAACCGAUGACACAUUACAUGUACAGCUAACUCCAAACUACUCCAAACACCUUUUCAUGUCACCUUCUGCGUGAGAGUGGAGGCUUCAGCGCGGAAACGUUUCCCAGCUGGCUGCAGAUGUUUUGAUAUGGAGCAGCAUUCAAAAAUAUAUUUAUUUUCAUUAAGAAUAGCUUAACUCUACAGUUCUGUGACAUGGCAGCUACUUCGUGCAACAGUGUGGAUGAAGACGGUUUUGGAAGCGAGCCUGUUUUUAACACCCUGCCUGCUCCAGAGGCACUAAUAAGGAAGUGACUGUCUGUGACCUCUGACCUCUCUGUGAUGACUCAUGACUCGUUCAGCUGGGUCACUGAAAAAUUACGGUUAUGUAUCACAUGCUGUGAAAAGGUUACAAGCCCGUCUUUCAGCUUUUCCAACAUUUGUGAUGUACAUACUGAAAAUAAUGUCCAAUAGUUAAGACUGUUCUAUAAUGUACAGUUAACACUGUUUAUCUGUGUCUGUCUCUGUAUAAAUGUAAUUGUAGCCUAUAAUUAAAAGUUACUGAUAUUUAAAG